AUUACGCGCAGCCAUGUAACGCAGUCUGUAGAUUUAUAUGACAGUCUGCAGGAAGACCGUGUACAUACUGAUCACAACAUACGGUAUGUCGGCCAGAGUAGAUGCACAUACAGUGACGACCUGGUGUGCUCUAUAUACAGUGCUAUGUCCUGAUCUUCAAGCUCCACGUCACUGACACGUGUUUGUAUGCCGAUCUCUAGACGGAACAGACAGAAAACUUUCAGGUAAACGCUGGCCGUUCGAGAUAUUUUUGAGGAUUUGGCGCAUAUUCAACCUGCACACCGUCAUAUACAUGAUAUAGAUAUCCUUAUUAUCGAUCGCUCAGUGUGAAGGACAGGAGCAAGUGCCGCCAGUUAUGAGUUUGUGCCAGGCAUUCUCGGCAGAAACGCUCUCCUCCCCACAUACGUUAAUGUCUCAUACAGGCAUUUCAGUUAGCGACGAUCGUGGAACAAGACGAGCUCUUUAUCUGUGUCAGUGCUAAACUAUAUAUAUUUAUGUAUGUCUGCCUGUAACAUUCUAGAGAUCAAGCUAACAAAACAUCUGCACACUGACAAGUGCAGAAUAACCUGUAGCGCUAUAUACGCCUACAAUGUGUAUAUGUAGACGGGUUGCGCUACACCGUGGGCAGUCCGUUAACGUCUGGGUGUUAAGGUGUGAGGGACGACAUUAGGUAUGAACACUGUCUUUAGGUCCAUAUAAUCUGGGCGUGACACUACAUCCUUCGGCCAUGUCGAUAGAGAUGGUGGCCAAGCGACCCCUCCUGCAGGACGAUGGGGGUCGCGGGCUCUACAGCACUGACGACGAAGAUGAAGAAGAGCUCUUUACGCAGCCGCCCAGUAAAGGACAGCAUGCCUUAAAGGAAAAAGUGACAAUAACCACACAUGUCAAGUUGCUAACGGCUUUCGCCUCCAUAGGGCAGUUUUUGUUUGGGUACGACACUGGGGUAAUUUCAGGCUCAAUGCUGUUUAUACGGAAGCAGUUCGGACUUGGUGACGUGUGGCAGGAGGCUAUAGUCAGUGCCACAAUUGUAGCUGCUGCACUGUUUGCGUUCAUCGGAGGACCUGUGAGCGACUGGAUAGGGAGGCGUCUCACGGCAGUAGGGGCCGGGUUACUCUUCACCUUGGGGUCCGUCGUGCUUGGCACCGCUAGUGGACCACCUGUCAUCCUUGCAGGAAGAGUCAUUGUUGGAUGUGGGCUAGGACUGACUUCGAUGUGCUUACCAAUGUAUCUGUCCGAGUGUGCCCCGGCGAAGGUCAGAGGUCGUCUUCUUCUUAUCAGUUGUACCUUCGGAUGUUCCGGCAUGCUCUGUGCCAACAUUGUCGACGGAUUCUUCAGCUAUAAGAAGACAAAUGGCUGGAGGUACAUGCUAGGAAUAGCCUCGAUGCCGUCUGUCAUCAUGGUUGUAGGGUUCUUACUGCUGCCGGAAAGUCCUCGCUGGUUGGUGAAAGCAGGAAAACUCGAACGCGCCAGAUAUGUCCUGGAAAAGCUUCGCGCCCCUGAAGAAGUCGAAAAUGAACUCUCUGCGAUCAGAAAAAUUUGUGAUGAAGAUAAUGUUAAAAAACUAGAAGCAGGUAAAUUCGUACUGCUCCGAAUUUUGCGCCACGCAUCUACCCGUCGGGCCCUGUUGAUCGGCUGUGGACUGCAGAUGUUUCAGCAACUUGCCGCCAUUAACACGGUCAUGUGUGAUACUGAGUCUAAUAGUGCUGUCUGUGGGAUUCGUGUUGGCAGUGGUGUAUUCUCCGGCCGUUAUUCCGUCCCAAGCAAUCAAUAA